CUUCACCUACUCUUCCAAAUUCCUUCGCAAACCCCUAUUUCUCUCUCAUAUACCGAUGAAGAUGGUGAUAUCAUCACCUUAUCGAGUGAUUUGGAGUUUAAAGAUAUACUUUCUGACCAAGAAUUAUUCGGUUCUUCUAUAAAAUUUGUUUUGUCAACUCCUGACGAAUUUGUCACUAAUGAAACAGAUAGCUGGGUAUUAGAAGGAAGUGCUGCACAAAUAGAAGAAGGGUUAUCUCAAUCUAUUAAAGAUAGCGAUGUUGUUAGUUUUAGUUCUUCUGAUGAAGAUACUUCACCAAUAACAGUGGACGAAUCGCAAGAACAAAAUUCAAAUGAACCUCAGCAAUCGUUUGUGUUCACUGAACCUUCUGAAUCGCAAAAGAAUCCGAAUUAUAAACACGUGACGAUCACUGAUGAAGAAACUGAAGAACCAACUUUUAAACCAACUAUCAUUGGUCAACAACCUGAAACUAGCGGCGAGCCAUCAUCGUCAUCUAUCAGCCUCUGCCACAAAAAUGAUGAUGACGACGACGAAGGAAAUGAUGAAAGAUUUUGUUCAUGGAAUAAGUUCGGAUCUAGAUUUAAAUUUGGUAGAUGUCAUAAAAGGCGAUGGAAUAGGAAUAAUCAAUGUUAUCAACUAAGGGAAUAUGAUAAUGGAAAUUUUAAUGAAGAGGUUGUUGCUGAAAAGGUGAAAGUUUUAAGAGAUAUGGGAUUUGAAGGUGAAAAUUUUGAAGAAUUGGUAAAAUUGUAUAAUGGUAAUAUUGAUUUUGUUAUUGAAACAUUAUUACAACAAUAA